GCACAGGAGGCGGGUGUAACGGUAGCAGUAUAGGAGCGGCUCGGAGGUUGAUGACAGCGCGGUAUAUUUUUCAUGAAUAAAACACUAAAAACAGGAGGAAAACUCACACGGAUAUAUAGAAACAUAUCUCCCAAACCAAACCCGUCAUGGAGUCCUAUGACAUCUUAGCUAACCAGCCCGUUGUGAUCGAUAAUGGUUCGGGGGUCAUCAAAGCCGGCUUCGCAGGAGACCAGAUCCCCAAAUACUGCUUCCCUAACUAUGUGGGGCGUCCAAAGCAUGUGCGUGUCAUGGCAGGAGCGCUGGAGGGAGACCUGUUCAUCGGACCCAAAGCAGAGGAGCACCGCGGCCUGCUGUCGGUUCGAUACCCCAUGGAGCACGGCAUCGUGAAGGACUGGAACGACAUGGAGAGGAUCUGGCAGUACGUUUACUCCAAGGAGCAGCUGCAGACCUUCAGUGAGGAGCAUCCUGUCCUCCUCACAGAGGCUCCUCUGAAUCCCAGUAAGAAUCGUGAAAAAGCAGCAGAGAUUUUCUUCGAGACCUUCAACGUUCCCGCGCUCUUCAUCUCCAUGCAGGCCGUCCUCAGCCUUUAUGCGACGGGCCGGACCACCGGGGUGGUUCUGGACUCGGGCGACGGGGUGACCCACGUGGUCCCGAUCUACGAAGGAUUCGCCAUCCCUCACUCCAUCAUGAGGGUGGACAUCGCCGGCAGAGACGUGUCGCGGUAUCUCCGCCUGCUGCUGCGCAAAGAGGGGUACAACUUCAACACCUCGGCCGAGUUCGAGGUGGUGCGCACCGUCAAGGAGAGAGCCUGCUAUCUGUCUCUGAACCCUCAGAAAGACGAGACUCUAGAAACAGAGAAGGCUCAAUAUGUGCUUCCUGACGGGAGCACGCUGAACAUUGGUCCAGCCCGCUUCAGAGCUCCAGAGCUUCUCUUCAGACCCGAUCUGAUUGGAGACGAGUCCUCUGGGAUUCACGAGGUUUUAGCGUACGCCAUCCAGAAGUCUGACAUGGACCUGAGACGCACGCUGUACUCCACCAUCGUGCUGUGUGGGGGCUCCACCCUCAUCAAAGGUUUCGGGGAACGACUACUGACUGAAGUGAAGAAACUGGCACCCAAAGACGUGAAGAUCAAGAUCUCUGCUCCUCAGGAGAGGCUGUACUCCACAUGGAUCGGAGGCUCCAUCCUGGCGUCGUUGGACACCUUUAAGAAGAUGUGGGUUUCAAAGCGUGAAUAUGAAGAAGACAGAGCGCGGGCCAUCCACAGGAAGACCUUCUAGAUCCAGAGGGUCCCAAAACACCCCAAAAAACUGCCCUCAAAUACCCCCCGAAAUACUGCAGGAGACCCCUACACUUCCGCUUAUCCACCCCCAGAGAAACAUGCAGGAACCUGUGUUUUUCCCUUAUUUACCUGCUUCAGCAUUGCCCCUGCACACACACACUUACACUCUCUCACACACACACACACACACACACACACUCUCACACACACACACACACACACACACACUCUGAAGUAUUGGUAUUGCUCUCUUGUCUCGGUUCAAUAUCAUCAAAUGUUAAAUAAAUCUUGAAUGUGUUUUUUUUGCUACUGUUGACAUUUCCAUUCCAGAUGAGAUUUUUAUUUGUCCAUUUUUUUAGGUUUUUUUUCUGCCAUGGAUUAGCAGUACUGGCGCAGUACUUUAUAUAUAUAUUACGUUAUAACCACUGUAUUAUAUAUCUGGCCUAUAAAGUGCACGCCCUCCACCUCUAAAGUAAAAGCGGUUAAUUUUAAUUUAUCUUGUUUCUGUCUGGUUGUAACGAUGACAUGUUUCUACACGGUGUUUGUGCCGACGAGCAGUCAGCCUCCUUUUGUCUCAGCUGACGGGAUUCAAAACUAAAAGUGUACAAUUAAAGUGUAGAAAAACC